CGGUGGCGCCGCCGGGGGCCGGGGAGCGUUGGCGCAGCGGCGCGCGCGCGGGCGGUGGCGCGGCGGCCACCAUGUCGCGGGAGUUCGAGCUCUGCCCCGGGCGCCGCGUUGGCGGCGAGCAGCCGUGCUUCAUCAUCGCGGAGAUCGGGCAGAACCACCAGGGCGACCUGGCCAUCGCCAAGCGCAUGAUCCGCAUGGCCAAGGACUGCGGAGCAGACUGUGCUAAGUUCCAGAAGAGUGAACUGGAGUACAAAUUCAACAAGAAAGCUUUAGAAAGGCCCUAUACCUCUAAGCACUCCUGGGGAAAGACCUAUGGGGAGCACAAGCGCCACUUGGAGUUUAGUCAUGACCAAUAUAGAGAGCUCAAGAAAUACGCGGAAGAAGUUGGCAUUUUCUUCACAGCUUCUGGCAUGGAUGAGAUGGCUGUGGAAUUUCUACAUGAACUGGAUGUUCCAUUUUUCAAAGUAGGAUCAGGAGAUACAAACAAUUUUCCAUAUUUGGAAAAGACUGCAAAGAAGGGUCGCCCAAUGGUGAUAUCCAGUGGGAUGCAGUCGAUGAACACAAUGCAUCAGGUUUAUCAGAUUGUGAAGCCCAUCAAUCCAAACUUCUGCUUCCUGCAAUGCACCAGUGCAUACCCACUUCAGCCAGAGGAUGUCAAUCUUCGUGUUAUAUCGGCGUACCAGUCAGCUUUUCCUGAUAUCCCCAUUGGCUAUUCGGGGCAUGAAACUGGCAUAGCCAUUUCAGUGGCAGCUGUUGCUAUGGGUGCUAAAGUGGUGGAACGUCAUGUGACUCUCGACAAGACAUGGAAAGGAAGUGACCACCAAGCAUCCCUGGAGCCAAAUGAACUCGCAGAGUUAGUGAAAGCCAUCCGUACUGUGGAGAAAGCAAUGGGUUCUCCAGUCAAACAACUCUUGCCCUGUGAAAUGGCUUGCAAUGAAAAGCUGGGAAAGUCUGUUGUGGCGAAAGUGACAAUUCCUGAAGGUGCAGUACUGACACUUGACAUGCUGACAGUGAAGGUGGGAGAGCCUAAGGGAUUUCCCCCAGAAGCCAUCUUCGAUCUAGUGGGCCAGAAGGUUAAAAAAAAUAUUGAAGAAGAUGAAACCGUCACUGAACAAGCAGUGGAAAUCAUGUCAAAAAAGUGAAGUGCUGAACCAAAGCACUCCAUUCCAUAUUUCGUGAAGUAGUGCUGCACUACUGCACAACAUAUUUAUGUAUAGCAUCAUGGUAGAUUAGAAGAAAGGGGUGCAAUUAUGAGGAUCCAAGCAGGUUAGAAUUUUCAAGUUCUGAUGAGCCUUAAUUUCCUGCAGCAACUGGGUAUAAAUGAUGAAAAGCAAUUUUAUUAGAAACGGUAUGGCAUUGUAUCUAGAAAAUACCAUGCUCUUCCUUUCUCCAUUCCACUUAACCUAGAUUAAUCUGGAGUUUUGCCAAAUCUAAGACCGCAGUCUGCUGCUUUCCAGCUUCCCUUUUCUGGUAAGAAUACACUAAAUCACAAUAAUUUUGCCUACACUUUGCAUAGUUCUAACAUCAUGUUAAAGGAGAAGCCACAGCCCGAGCAUUCACACACAACCUGGGACUUGUAACUGUCAGGACCAGAGUCCCUUUGCAGCAGGCAGCUCGACUGAGCUCGCUCACACACACUCACUGUUGGGGUGCUUUCUCUCCUCUCAGGCUCGACCCUAGGUUUCCCUGAAGCAGGGUCUCGACACAACAUACACCAGGUGAAUUUAUUGAGUGGUGGUGAACAGCUCGAGCUGGGUGCUUCUGGAGAGGGACCCCGAACAAAGAAAUUCCUGCGCAAUUAUACGCUUGCAAAGUUCCCCUCCCCUCUCAUGAUGGUUUGGUCCAAUAGCAAUAUUUGGGUGGGGGAUCUGACUCCUUACUGGAUCCUUUCUCUGUCUCCAGGUGGGACGUUCCCUUUCUUAUCUUAACGGAUGCAGCUUCUGCUGAGGGUUGUGGUUACCUUGCCUGUCUGGUUUGCACCAGUUUCAGGGCCUUCCUUCACGUAGCUAAGUAAAAGUUGAGUAUAAGAUGAGCAUAUCUAGGUGACAGUUCCCAGCUUGCAGCGUGAGGCUUUAGCAAGCCUUGCUACUAAUGCAAUGUAUUGGAUUCCAUUUGAGCCAGAAAGUGACUUCUACAACCACAUCUUUUGAUGUUCCUCUUUUCUGCUGUUUUCCUUACCCCUGUGAUAACAGGAUGCUAGUUGGAGUUGAAUGCAGAUAAGCGGAAAUUUACAUACACUGAAUAGAAAACUACACAUGCAACCUGAUGGGUUUUUCUCAAGAUGAAAGCCUUAAGAAAAAAAAAUCUCAAGAUAAAAGCAGUGACUUGCAGGAAUCUGCAUUCUGGGGAAAAUAAACUUGAGAAGGCUAGGUUCUCAAGAGACAGUACCAAGAAAGGAAGCAAAUCGGUUAUGUAGGAGGGUCCCAUUUAAGGGGAAAGAGAAAGAGCCUUUUUGUACUUUUUCUGAACUGAAAGGCAAGAAGACAAGCAGACAGAUUAAGGGAGGGAAAAUAGAUCUGAGAUGGAUCAGUGGAAAUAAACGUAUGCACCAAGAAAAUGUCAAAAGCAUCUAUUGUGGCUGAGUAAAGCCUGGAACCUUAAAUCAAUUCAGUGCAUUUCAGUACACCUGUUUGUACCUGGGGGCGGUCUCUGACGCAGGAGAUGGUGAAGCCAAAUGUUGGUGCAGAUUGAGCAGCCCCCUUCCUGUACUAACAAGCAAAUACACUGGGUUGGUUAUUUUUCCCCCCGACACUGGUAUUCCAGGCAGCUGAGGCUGGCUGCUUAGCUAGAGCGCAGCACUAUGUUGCUCCUGUUGUGUGCUCUGCUCUUGCAUCGGCACUUCUCACCUUACAAGUAAGAAAUGCAAUCCCAUGCCUAUCAGCCUGCUGCUCUUCCCGUUGUCCAGGAAGGAGCCGUAUGGCAGCAGCUGCAGAACAGGCAUCCUGCAAUUAGCUUGGUGAGCACAGAACUGCUUUGGUGUAACUUACCUGCAUUUUUCCAUGGUGUAAUCAUUUACUAGUGGUGGCUAUUUGGAACUUGCUCUCUCUUUGUCAUGAGUUGAAGUAUCUUGAAUUCAGUGGUGAUGCUUCUGUACCUGUGAGCUAUUUACUUUCAAAAUGUUUACCCUUCUGUGACUCUGAGGAAACCGUAUUCAUAUCUUCGAACUGGAAAGGAGAUAUUCUUUGAAUCAUGUGCUUGACUGUUAUGUGAGCUCUGAUGAUGCUUCCCUUACAUUAAAAAACUACUCGUUAAAUUUUUUUUAAAAUUUCAAAUUUGGGAAAAUAAAUUUAUCUUACAAAACAA